AUGGCUGCGGAAUCGUCGGUUUUGGCGAGUCUGGAUUCCUUGGUCGCGGAGACUCUGGCGGACUGGGAUAUUUACACGACAUUGAUCGCAGGUGCCCUUGUUACUUUCGCAUUAUACUCUUUUUUGUCAUCGAAAGAACCUGAUAUUCACCCUUUUCUGCUUGCUCGCCAAUCUACCCCUUUUUUGGUACGCCAGCCCGGAGAAUCUGCAACAUAUAGAAGUCUUGAGACCCCACAUGGAUUCCCUCUUAGAUCGGGAUUAAACGUCAAGGAUGCCGGCGCUCCCAAAUGGACAAGUGGAAGACGGGGUGAUCUGCGCGAUAUCUGGAGGGCCGCCGUUCGUGGUGCCGUCUCAGAAGACGGCACGGUUACUGGACAGCAGGGCAAAAUCUAUACAGUGCUUGGAAAGAAAGCCGUGGAACACUCCUUGGAUCAGGUCACGCAGGAAAUCAAUGUCAUUGGCAAUCGUUUGCAGGAGCACAAUGUGAAAUCGGUUGCUAUCUGUCUAACUGACUCCGUUGAGCUUCUGGCUACCAUAUUUGCCGGCGCAUUCUAUAACUUCAAGACCACCAUCAUCCCUCACAACCUCGAACCACAGGCGCUUUCUAUCCUGUUAGAACAGGCACAAGCAGAGGUUUUGAUAGCCGAGGCUGGUGCUCUGGAUUUGUCGCUGGUAGCCAAGAACAACAAGCAGCUCUCCCAGGUAAUCUGGGUCGCGAAGAUCGGUAGCCGUCACAUGGACUGGAAUUAUGUCCCCGAGGACGUCCGGGGCACUCUUCAGGUUGCUGUAUGGCAUGAAUUAGUUGACGAAAAGAAAGACCUGGCAGGCUUUAAUGUUCCAACCUGGGACCCUAACUCCGCAACACCUUCUGUGACUACUGUAUGGCCGAGCAAGUCGGGAGACGGAGAUUUGAUUGAAUAUCAACCCCAGAAUCUCGUGGCUGGUGUCGCUGGCUUGAUCUAUUCUUUGCCUCGAACCCAGAGAUUCAGUGGUAGUGACUUGGUACUCUCUAUUGAUUCCCUGUCUCGCUCAUAUCCGCUGUGUCAAAUUAUGGGUGCCUUGUUUUCGAAUGCCUCCAUUGCUUUGAACUCUGUUGCCGGAGAGGGCGUUGACUUCGCCCUGGCCACAGUUGGAGUUUCGCCAACGGUUCUUGUUGCCUCAUCUCACACCAUGUCCAACUACCAUAAUAAGUACAUGGAACCGCAUUCUGGAGUUUUCACAUCAAUCAUGCGCUGGCUGCAGCUGCGUAAAUUGGAUGCUGGGGUGAUGCCAUCGCACGGCUUGCUGAGCCAAGUUGCCAGCAUCGGACCUACUGCCGAACUUUCGCUCGAGAAGCUCCGCCUUUUAUGUAUCUCGCAACGGGUGGAUGCCGACCCGGCAGUUCGCCUGACGUCGGCUCAGUUGACAGAUUUCCGAGUUUUCUUGGGCGCUCGCGUUGUGUACGCCCUGACGGGUCCAGGAGUGGCAGGCGCUGUGUCGCAAACCAAUGUUUUCGAUUACCGACGCUUCCCAGGACCGAGCCAUUUCGGAGCUCCACUGAGUUCUGUGGAGGUCCUAUUGACUGGCGUGUCCGAUGAGAACCCAACCCAGGGACAGAUAACCGUCACCGGCCCCGCUGUUGUCUCUGGCAAGACCACGCUGUCGUUGGGAGGCCGCAUUCGCGAGGACAAUACAUUGGAACUUUCCCCUUAA